GUUUGACCCGUACUUAUCCAUGCUUUAUUUACUUUUAUUUUUAUUUCGUCUUCUAAAUGUAACUUAGCAUAGAGACUACUGAUGAAAUCUUAUCAUAUCACGAAAGAGUUUUAACCAAAAAGUUUUAAUGUUAAGGUGCUUUUAAUGCCUUAUGUGUGGUUUUUAAUUAAAAAUAUUGAAUGUAAAUAGUUUUUAAGUGAUUAAAAAUGAAUGGAGUUGUUUUGAAUUCGGAAGCUAGUGCAACUAUGGCGGGAAAUGUUGACAGACACUCUGCUGUGGACGUGGUGGGAGAUGCCAAACGGGAUCCCAUCAGUAGACGCUGGCAACAGACGGAAGGUGACAGAUUGUCAGCGUAUGGCGGUGGAGACAGAUCAGCGCUGCUCCGGUCCCACGCGGCCAAGUCGGCGGAAUGCAACCAGGGCUCGCCUAGGGCCCGGCGUGCUCCCAGGGAGUCCAGGAGGGUUUCCUUGGCCCAGGCACCAGGAUACGUGCAGCUCAACCAGUACCGAUUGCUGGAACCUAUUGGACAGGGAUCGUACGGUCUUGUGAAGUUAGCUUAUAGUGAAGAAGAUGACACACAUUAUGCUAUGAAGAUCCUGUCGAAACGUAAGUUGAUGCGUCGCGCGGGACUGUUCGGUCGUCCACCCCCGCGGCGACCCGGCCCCGCUCCAGACCCACUCCAGAGCAUCUACCGGGAGAUCGCCGUGCUCAAGAAACUGGACCAUCCUAACGUAGUUAAAUUAGUUGAGGUGCUAGAUGACCCCGCCGAGGACCAAUUGUAUUUAGUUUUCCAACUGCUGGAGGGCGGGCCCGUGGUGGAGGUGCCCAGUGAGCAGCCGCUCAGUGAAGACCUGGCCAGGAAGUACUUCCGCGACGCGCUGCUCGGUGUUGAGUACCUACACUUCCAGCGUAUUGCUCAUCGCGAUAUUAAGCCUGCCAAUUUGCUACUUGGUGAAGGACGCGUGCAAGUGGCAGACCUGGGUGCAUGUGGAGAGUUGGCUGCUGCAGGGGAGCUGUCCGGGGCAGUUGGGACUCCGGCCUUCCGUGCUCCAGAAGCCUCCGCAACUCCUACUGACAAAUACAACGGCGAGGCGGCAGACAUCUGGUCGCUAGGUGUGACAUUGUAUGCCAUGGUGACGGGGCGUCUGCCUUGGUCUGCGUCCAGCGUGUCAGAACUGCAGCGUCGUAUACUUGCCGACCCGCUCAUCUUCCCGUCGCGCCCGACCGUAUCUUCAUCCCUGAGGAGGCUACUUUCCAGGAUGCUCGAGAAAGAUCCCGUUAAGCGAGCUACGAUGAAAGAGAUAAAGGAGCAUGAAUGGGUGACGUGCGAUGGACAACAGCCGCUACCGACGGAACAAGAGAACUGUCGUCUGGUGGAGGUGACAGAGGAAGACAUGAGGCAGGUGGUCACCUCAAUCCCCAACAUCUCCACGCUCAUACUCAUCAAGACAAUGCUCAAGAAACACAGUUUCCAGAAUCCAUUCCUGCGGAGCCGAGAGAAUAGCACGAGGCGGGAGUCUAGCGAGACAGGUGAUGGAACGGGAGAAGGCUUGAGGAUGCGUACGGUAGGAGUGGGGGACAAAGGGAAAAGGGGGGCGCUAAGUCGCGCGGGCAGGUCGUUGUCUGCGCCCGGAAACUAUCUCACCGAGAAGCAAGUCUCAUUCGAAAUAAACUUAGAUGCGGUAGAAGAGGCCAAGGAAAUAUCAAGCAAAGCCACAACCGACAGUAAAUCGAAAUGUACCGACAGCAAACCCAAUUGUAGCAAUAGCAAAUCUAAUCAUAGCAGUAGCAAUGUCAAGACUUUUAGCACAACAUGUUCAAAUAGCAACUCAAGUACCAAGUACACAACAACAAAGUGUACCGAUAGCACAAAAGUAUGUACCGUCAACAAAACAGACUGUUCAGUAAAUAAGGCAGAUGUUAGUGGUGGUAAAGUAAGCGGUAUAGAAACACGACGGUGAUGUCCGGAUAACGGGUGUCAGGAACGCCUUUACAGAAACGGGAUUAGCUAGCUGUGUCGUAUAGCUUCGAGAUCAUGGCUUCCUUUAUAGGUGCUCUUAAACUGGUCCAGUUCCUUCCUCCGCCUGCAAUUUAACUCUACUAAUCACUGAUGCUGCUCUACUGUUUGCCAUAGUGUGUGCCUCAAAUAGACCAUAACAAUAUAUUUUCAGCUCAAAAGCACGCACUCUUAGGGCAGGAAGCACAAUAUUUACUUUUAGGUAGUUUAAUUAUUGUAGAUUAACCUUAUAAAUGAAAGCAAGACUAUUCAAUAGUAAAUGGCAUUGGUUUUUGGAAUGUCACAUUUUAAAGUAACUUACCAACACCUAAUUUUAGAAAGACCACAAUAAUCACAAUGUCAUUAUGAAACCUUUAGUAAAAUACAAGGUUAAUGAUCGUGUUGAAACCAUAAACUUAGUAAACUACCGUAAAAGACAAACCCUGUGUGAAAGUGAGAUAACCUUACAUAAACUAAACUAUUCUUACAUAAAAACCUAGGUGUGACAGAAUAGAUAAAGACUAUAAAUCCGGUUUUAAAACAAUUUAGUCUCCAUUUGUCUCCUGUCAAAUUCAACCGCGUGUGUGUUGUUGAAUUUUAGUGUUUGAAUCGUUAUUGUUGUGUGUUUAACGGAUAUUAAUUAAAAAUAUAAUGUUGUCAUGUUUUGUAUAAGAUUUUGUUGUUACAUAGCAACAAUUCAAUUAAAGAAACAUUUCACAGGUAAAUACUGAUUCUUCAAUACUACUUUCGUGAUGUUUAUUUUCGUAGAACAUAUAAUUAUGCACUAAAUAUAUAUAUAUUACAUGGAAUAUACGCAGUAAACACUUUACUUUCUUAAGAUUAUAAUAAUUUAAGAAAAUAAUAUGUGGUAGAUAAUAAAAUAUUGUAUUCGUGAAUAUGACGCUGUUUAUCAAUAUUUGUCAUAGGGAUUGUCCAAAAGUAAAAUACUACAUACUUCACUAACUCACUCACACAUCUGUAAAACUAGCACACAUGAACAUUUUAAAUUUAGUCUCGCCGUAAUGAGCAGAGUGUUUGAUUAAUUACUACUAAGUUUAUGGUUGAAACACCCUUAAAUUUAUCAUUGUAUAAAUUAUGUGAUCCGAAUUUAGACUAAGUGUAUAUUGACUCAAUUUUUCUUCUAGAACAUUUAUAUAUUUAAGAUACUUAAUUAUAUUUUCAAAAUGAAAGCUUUACAAUGUUUAUAAAGAUAAAUUUUAAUAUUAUCCUUAGAGAGCACAGAUAAAUUAUAUAAUAUGUAGUUAUAUUUAAAUAUUUUCAUUUUGUAAUUAAGGAGCUUAACAGUUAUAAUAUUAUUGUAUAUAAAUAAUAUAAUGCUAUCAUUUAGAGGGUAGCAUCUAAAUAUAUUAUAUUCUAAUUCAUAGAAUUUAUAUGAAUCUAUCCAAUUAAAAUUGUUAAUUAUUUUAUAAAGGUUGUGAUAAAAUAUAUUUAAAUGUUCGUAAUGUAAUACUAUAUGCACAUGGAUAUACUGAAACGGCCUUACAAAUAAAAUUGGUGUAAGGUUAUACCUGAGUAUAAAUCAAGAAUAAAAUGCAAUAAACUGACUAUAGAACACAUAAAGAUUGUGUUCUUUGAUGUUGACUAUAUCGCUGACAACACUGUCAAUAUGAUGAUAAUUCUGAAGUUUUCCGAAUUUUAAGCAGCCUAGCAAAUAAACGCGGGAAACUUUAUAUGUCCGAAUAAACCAAUCAUAAUUCAAAUGUCUAUUUGUUAGCAUUUUGCAUGUAUUUUGUUUAUCAGGUGUAACUUUAAACCAAGUUUAUUUGUAAGGCCGUUAUAACAACAUCAAACUUGUACAGAAGAAAAUCUUUUUCUAGAAAAAAAAACGACUUCAAACAUUUAGGUAUACACUAAAACAAGAUAACAUAAAAAUUCAAUGAUAAUUAUUUUCUGGUUGUUAUUUUGACGUUGGUGCCAACUUAAGCACAAUAUCAUAACAUUCAAUACUUUUGCUGAUGUAAAAUUUAUUUUGUACCCCCAGGAUAUUUCAAAAAUUUUUUUUUCAUUCCACUGCUGGACAACUCCUAAAGAUUUCCAUCUUGUGGGGGGCCUACCAACACUAAGUCUUCCGAUACGUGGUCGCCAUUCGAGUACUUUACUGCCCCAACGGCCAUCUGACCGUCGAACUAUGUGCCCUGCCCACUGCCACUUCAGUGUCGUAAUCAUUUGGGCUAUGUCAGUGACUUUGGUUCUCCUAUGGAUCUCCUCAUUUCUGAUUCGAUCUCGCAGGGAAACUCCGAGCAUAACUCCAUUGCCCUCUGAGCGACCAUGACCAUAAUUUAUUUUUUAUCUUAAGAUAAUAAUUUUAAUUCCAGUCGCUUUCAUUUGGCAUAGAUCUCCUAGAUUCUAUAUAUUAUUAUGUUUCUAAAGAACUUUGUGGCAAAAUUUAGCAGCGUUUAGCAGAUUUUAAAAUGGCUUAGAAAUUUAAAAAACAAAUAGACAGCAAUACAAAUUCAUUUAAUUAGAUACUGCAUAAUUUUAUUCGAUUUAAUUUUAGGCACAAAUUAAUACUAAGAAAAAAGAAAAAUGAGUACCUUACACACGUAUUUAGAAGUCAUGGUAUUUAAUAGUAAACAAUAUACUUAAAUGUGAUUAUACGACUUUUAGACCACUUCUUAAGAUAAUCUAUUUUAAUAAAUUGUAAAUAGUUUUUUACCAACGUUUUUCCUGCACUUUCUUAGAGUCCCAAAGAGUUUGCUGUAUAAAUCAACAUUUUAAAUGUACUUAUUAACCUCUUCAAUAGCUGGAUUAUUAUAUGAAAUCCUAUUCACAAUGAAAAUGCUUAGAUAGUAUUUUAUACGUCUAGAUAGAGUCUCUUGCUGUUAGACAUCCGAUAAAACAGGCCAGUAGUAUUAGUUUAGUGCGUGACAAGCUAGAGCUCAAAAUGGAGGUUAGUUAUAAACUCAAUUUUUCCGAAGUUUUUGCAGCUGUCAUAGUCUAUCUAGACGUAUAAAUGAUCUUAGUGAAAACUUAUAAAAUUUGAGCUAUAAUAUUAAUGUUUGGUCCAAUCAUUGUUCUCUUCAAAGUAUAGAAGUACUAAUUUGUGUAAUGAACAACAUAUUGUCCGAACUAAAUGUACACUUUUUUCACAAUAUUACAUUCUCAUAGUAUCAAUAACAUAGUACCAGUUAAACAAGAAUGUAAAUACAAAACUAUUCAGUUGUUGUACAUACCAAUAUUAUAUAAAAUGAUUAAGAAAAACAUACAUCGAAUAUCACUGCCUUAAUGUAUAGUACCAUCCGACGGUAAAUCUUCAAAAUUCGGUAUUGGUUAUCUGUCCAUACCAACAAAAGCAAUAUAUAUUAUUCAGAUACUCCAAAAGCGAGUGUGCCGUACGGCACCCUACUCCCCCAACUUCCUGACAAAGUUAUGACCCUUAUUUUGUUUAUAAGAUUUUGCAUGGUCUUAUAGCUUGUUUCAAUAGCUUUCAGAUACAUUCACUCAAAUCAUCCUAAUUGUAAGCAAUCUAAUGCUAUACGUAAAAUAAUACUCAUUGACAGAACGCUGCGCGAGCGCCAAAAUUGCGCCGAUCUACAAUGUACUGGAUCAAAGAGCGCCGUUCCGCUUAGAUGUUUCAAUAAUUAUGCUGAUCAAUUAGUAAUCUGAUUACAAAACUAUAAAUAAUCUUAAAUAUUAACUACUCUCUUACAAGCCUAUGUCAAUUUCCAACAAGUAUGUAUUUAAACAUGACUAGAAGUACUUCAAUAUUUUUUUUUACUGAGGUAGUUUUAGUGUUAUUUAUAAAAACUGUUCGUUGCCUUUUUGUUAAAUCGACUUUAUAUUGUCAUUUGAUGAUUACUUAAUUAUUUUUUAAUUUUAUUAUGCAUUAUUACACACUAUUUCGCGUCUAUUGGGAAAUCUGGGGGAACACAAUAUGACGCUUGCCGACACAAUCUUAGAUCGUAAAUUUUAAUAUUAAUAAUACUACUUACGUAAACUUUGUCCAAUUCAAAUAUAGGUAGAUGUUAUCAGAGAUUCUAAGUUCUUAGUUAUAUUUAAAUAAUUGCAUCUUUAAGAUGAAACGGAGAACCAUUUAAAUGUGUUCAACUCACGAUUUUAAAAAGAACAAUAUCAUCUUUCAAUGAUAUGUUUACACCAAACAUAAAUCAUUUAAAGAGGAAAGAGGUGAAGGUACAAAGGGCUUUGGCUGAGAUCUAUAGAGAGCACUUAGACUUUGUAAGUAAAGUCUGAGACUUAACUUACGUAAUACUUGCCUAAGGCCUAUCGCAGAUGACACACUUUUUGUGCUAUCAAGUCUGCGGCACACAAAAAGUCUGCAUUUGUUGCGCAAAAUGUUUGUGGCAGAUAUUUCACAAACUUAACGCAAACGACGUACAUUUUCCCUCAUUUUGUCAGCAGAACUGUAGGGUUGUACACGCAAUGGAAGUACAGAGAUCGCGGUGUAUUAAUUCGUACUUGAGAUAUAAAAAAGAUGUAGAAAUAGAGAAUUUUGGGUUCAUCCUAUUCUUUCAGAACGAUUAUUAAAGAGACUGUUUCAUAAUAAACAUUCAGUUCUAAAACUAUCCUACUAAUAUUGUAAAUGUGAAAGUUUGUAUGUCUGGAUGUAUGUUUGAACUUCUUUAACGCAAAAUCUACUGAAUAGAUUUUGAUGAAACUUUACAAUAAUAUAGCUUACACACCAGAAUAACAAAUAGGAUAUAAUUUAUAAAACUAUAGUGUGAAUUAGACAAAAUAUAAAAGAAGUGUGAUUGUUACUAAUGAAUACAACUAGCGCCAUCUCUUAUCAACUAGCAAGAACAAGAUCAAUACUAUUUAUAUGGCAAAACAACGUUUGCCGGGUCAGCUAGUAUCCUAAUAAAUUUGCACACUUCAUCCCACAUUUUUCUUUUUAAAUUUUGUCAUGAUUCUCUGCCAAAGAUGUAUCAUACAGCGCUGGUCUGUUUUCUAUUUCUUGAAUCAACAUCGAUACAUCGAUAUCUACAUGCGCCAUUAUACACGUCAAUCACUAGCAAGUGCAGACGGCAGACCAAAGUAAGCGUCGUCUUCGCUAGCGAGUGUUGCAUUAUAAUUUUGGCGCACUUUUUGCGCGUCGUUUGCGGUACUGCUAUAUGUUUUAUUGUCACAGACUAAAAAGUGCGUUAAGGGUAGUCUGUUGUCUGUGAUAGGCCUAAGUGUGAUAAAACGUGAACCUUACUUUUGGCUGCUUUGCUUAAACUCAGAAUAAUUUCAGCUGUCAAAUGACUAUAAAAACGAAAUCAAAGUUAUAUAUAGAUCUCAGUCUUAGUACAACUAAAAUUAUGAAACUCUGAAAACAACUAGAAUUAGGAACUCUAGACUCGCGUCUGGUUAGGUUAGUUUCCUUGUCAAGCAUUGGUCCAAUUAUAGCCUUUUAAUGUUGUGAUAGGUGAAAAUAUAUAGCGCUUAAAAUUAUUAUUACUCUCAGACUGACAGAGCGUUAAAACCGAGCCAGUGCAUCGUUACAUAUAUUGGUAGUUGAUUUAUUGCGCGAUAUUGUCUGCAGUGUUGUAACCUGCUGAAAGAAACGGUACAUUUUAUAUGAUAUCUGCAUUUUUUAUAACAGUAAGGGACGAGACGAGGAGGACGUUCAUCUAAUGGUAAAUAAUACGCCCUGCCCUUUACGAUGCAGUGCCGCUCAGGAUUAAAAAAAACAAAAAUUCUGAGCGGCACUACAAUUGCACUCGUCACCUUGUGACAUAAGAUAUUAAGCCUCACUUGCCCAGUAAUUCCACUAGCUACGUUACGUUGCUAUAUAUAAUCUAGCCGGCAUGCUGUGAAAAGGAGCCUACCACUGGUUAGUCAUCAAAAUUAUUGAAUAAUGUGUGAAUCGAUGUACCUAAUUGAUUUCUCGUUCUGAGAGAAACCUCUCGCCUCACACAUCUACUCUUAAACAAUGACCAACUGUCGAUUUUCCAAACCAAUACCACGUCGAUCAUCAGUUGGAAGAUAUCCACUGCUGGACAAAGGCCUCCCCCAAAGUUCCCGACGACGAUCGGUCCUCCACUGCCCUCAUCCAACGUAUUCUGGUGAUUUUGACCAGAUCGUUGGUCAAUCUUAUGGGGGGCCCCCAUCGGAUUCCCCUUUAACCCCCAAUAAGUAAUAUAAAUUAAUUAUUUGUCACACUGUACUGGCUCGUUUCAAACGACUGUCUUUUAUUUUGUAAGGUCUGAACAAUUCGAUCUAGAUAUUACGAUAAGCUUUCAUCGUAUGCCUGAGUUUAUUAUAUUUUGCAAGAGACUAAAUUGUGGUGAGCGUUUUAAUUAUUAUAAAUAUUUUGUAAUAUAUUUUGAUCGAAGUAUGAAUAAAAUUUAUUAUUUUAA